AUGGCCGCCGUCACAGCUCCCACUCCCAAGCUGGAUCGCUACGUUGUAAUCCACGUUGCAACCACAUGUGAUGAGCAUGGAGUCUAUGUCACCAAGGAUUCAGCUGAGGUGAUCGAAUUGGGAUGGAUUCUGUUGGACACCAAGACUUGUGAUGAGUUGCAUCGUGAAAGUGUCCUUGUAAAGCCUGUCAAUACUCCAAUCACACCCCUCUGCACGAGCUUGACUACUUUGACUUGGGAGCACGUCCGCUCAGCAGGUACAUUCCGUGAUGCCAUCUCGCGGUUUGACGCUUUCGCCGCGGAACAUCUCACCAGCAAGCAACUCGAAUUUGCCUUUGUGACGUUGGAUUCGUGGGAUCUGCGCGUGCAGUUGCCCCGUGAAGCCCGUGAUAAGGCCGUUGUGCUGCCUGCAUACCUGCAGCACUCCCGAACCUUUGACCUGCGCACCGAAUACCAGCGCUGGCAAACUCAUCAUCCCGAGUCGCUGCCCUUCGGUCCCAGCUCUUUGUCGAAUAUUUGUGCCGCUCUCGAGGUUGAGCCCGUCCAGUCUUCCGCCCCUAUCAAGCACAAUCUUCCAUUCCAUCUGCAAGCAUUGGCCCCAGCUUCCCCGCGCCGUGCUAUGGAGGAGGCCAUUACUCUCGCCCGCGUUCUCCGAGGCCUGAUUCGCAAGUCACAGCCUCCUCACGAACACCCCGAGAUCCUGACCCGCCCGAUGGAUGCCCACGCCGAUGUGCGUGCCUUCCUCACUGAGCGGAGCAAGGUCCUUCACUUGAGUGGCCUGCCCCACGACACCACACAAUCGGAGCUGGAGAGCUGGUUCACCCAGUUUGGCGGCCGGCCUAUUGCUUUCUGGACUCUGCGGACUCCAGACCAGCACAAGCCUACCGGAACUGGCUUCGCCGUUUUUUCAUCCCAUGAAGAAGCCGCCGAGAGCCUGUGCAUGAAUGGCCGAGCUCUCAAUGAGAAGGCAAUUGAGGUCUCUCCAUCCUCAAGCCGAGUCCUCGACCGAGCGGCCGAGAUCCUCACACCAUUCCCUCCCUCGAAGAACCGUCCUCGUCCUGGUGAUUGGACUUGCCCGUCUUGCGGGUUCUCCAACUUCCAGCGCCGCACUGCAUGCUUCCGCUGCUCCUUCCCGGCCAUGGCUGCUGCCCCCGACCCGAUGGGUUACGGCUAUGGAUACGGCCCUCCGUCCAUGAUGCCCCCUCACAUGGGCCAUGGUCAUGGCAUGGGUCACUCUCGGGGUAUGGGAGGCAACGGCGGUGUUGUUCCCUUCCGUGCUGGUGACUGGAAGUGUGGCUCGGAGGGUUGUGGUUACCACAACUUUGCGAAGAACAUCAACUGUCUUCGCUGCGGUGCCCCUCGUUCUGGCGCUGCAGUUGUGGCCGAUAACGCAUUCAACUCGCCGAUGGAUCCACCAUCUCAGUUCGGCAUGGGUCCCAAUUCAAUGGCAAGCACUCCGGCUCCCGGUCCGUUUGCUUCCACCGCUGGUGGUAGCUUCGGUGGUUUCAGCCAACAGUUCGGUGGUCCACCUAACAACUAUGCCCUCCCCACCGGUGGUCUGGGUAAUGCUCCGGGAGCUUACCCUCCUAUGGGCCAAGUGAACUCGGGAUAUGGCUCGUCAAACAACUCUCAUUCGGCUGCAUCCUUUGCAAACCCUGCAACACAGGCGGCAUUCACUGGCGCUGACCACGGCGUCCCCUCCACGAACGCCUCCAACGGUGCUUUCUACGGCUCCGAGGCCUCCAGCGACCCUUUUGCAUUCCUGUCGACUGGCCUCGGUGGUCUGACCGUUUCUGAUGAUCCUCACUCUCGUCGGAACGGUACUGGUUCUAACAAGUCGCCAGCCUAA